AUGGAAGAACAGUUCAUUGACACGAUAGGAGACCUACUCAAGGAGGGAAACCACAGAAAACUACGCAAAGAAUUAACCCCUGUGACUGAAAACUGAGUGAGCAUGUACAAAUGGCUUGAGGAGAAUGAUCUUAGUGAUGAGAAUGACCCGAUCUGGCUUGAUGAAAUGACCCAGUCCAAGUACAAAAUUGAGGAAUUCCUUAUGAACUUCCAUGAUAUCAAGAAACACCUUUUCGCUAAUAACUACGAAUCCAUACGGGAUAGUCUUAAAGAAAUCAAAAGAAUCAAAACAGUUCUACAAGAAAUGCAGCCUGAAUUUGAGAAGAAGGAAGAAUUUGUCAGAGAAAUCCAGCAGAGGUUUGGAGACAAGAUUAAGCAUCUCACUGCGUUAAAGAACUCUAUUAAGACAGAGACUUUGGUCAGGAAAGCCCAGUUACUUUUUAAAGCACUUCAGCAGAUUAAUAUCUCUCAUAACCCGCUUUCUUUAUCCAUUAUUCUGAGAGAAAACAGGACUAUUUUCCAAUCGAAAAAUGACUUCAAGGGUAUUACAGAGAUAGAAAAGAGGCUUGAUUCAGUCCAGAAAAUAUCAGAUGAGCUCCAGAAGAAUACUGAAGCAAGAUUCCAUGAAGCUUUUGAGUCUAAGGACCAAUCCACCAUGAAAAAUUGAGUUCAAAUAUUCUUCAACAUGGAGAUUUUAAAGGAGAAGAUUCAGACAGUCGCAAAUAAUGUUCUUCGAUCACUCUUCACAAUGUGGAAAAAGACCAUUGCUAAUUGUCAAGAGAAUAUUGGCACAUUCAUUAAGAAAGAGGAGGAGCUAAAAUACAUAGAGAAUCAGAUUAAAAACUACUCAAAUGAGGUCUUGAAAGUCACUCUCAGAAUUUACGCAUUGUGUAUCUCCUUAAGAGAACGAAACUCUCGUUCAUAUGAAACACUUGAGGAGUCUCUCCAGAAUAGUGGGCUAAACAACCUCUUCAGCCUCUUCUGGAAUAGAGUCUGUAGGAUUUAUAGCCAAAGUUUGGUAAAACUAGGCGAGAAUCCUAAUUACACACAACAAGUUGUCCAGAAAGUCUUUAUCGAGAACUAUCCUUUGUUUUAUAAAUGCCAUACUGAUUUUUGGAAUAAGUUCUGUAGUGAGACUGUCCCACGGAGUCAGAUCGUCUUCAGUGAGCUGAAGAUGCACUUGUACGAUUCCAUAGCAGUACUGAAGGAUAACUAUCUGGAGAAAUCAUUAGAGAUGUUCAAGUCCAUGCUAGAGAAAAUUCAUACCAAAUUAUCGAAGAAAACCAACGAUGUCAUGUCCUGUAAAAUUGCUCUGAAGGAGACUAAAAAUGUGUGAAAGACAAUUUCGCAUAUUUUCAAUGUCCUUGAAGAAGACGAAGAAAUUUCUUCACAGUUGUACAAGAACUUUACGACAAAUCUGACAGUGACGCUUACCGAAAUAAGUGAGUUGAUAAUAGAUAUGGACUUUGCAAAAGAUUUCCAGUUCAACCACACUAUUUGGCAAGUAAUCAACCUCAUUAGGAAGACGAUUACAGGCAUUAAAGGUGGCGAUAGCUCUAUUAGCGAUGGCACUAUCUUUGAAAUAGACGCUUUGAAGAGAAACAUCGAGAAUAUUUUAUUCAACAACCUUCAAGAAGAGAUCAAAACUGGCAUCAAGAAGAUGCUUAGAGCUUAUAAAAGUAUCGAGCUCGAGUCUGACGAGGAUAAGGCAGGAAAAUAUUCUGAAAUAUCAAAUAACUUCAUCAGCACUUUCUUUAAUCAGAAAAUAGGUGACUUCGCCAGUGCCUCAAAGGAUUUGUUCAAUGAUAAGGACAAUAAAAGGGCUAAGGAUAUCCUAGUAGAUACACUUGAUUUCUUCAUGGUCCAAUUUGUAGAACUAGACUUUAAAGAUCCUGACUUGAGGCAACAAGUUGCUAAGGAUAUUCAGCUGUUCCCGAAUCUGUUCAAUCCGUUGUUCAAGAUUUACUCAACAACUAGAAUCUGUCUGAAGACAACAAAGGUCAGCCAGCUGAUCAUCUUCUCGUUAGGAAUGAAUUAUACCGAGAAAUUAGAUUUUAUCAAGAAAGAGUUUCUCUCACAGAAGAAAAAAUUUGUGAGUGAUUUUCCUAUAAUAAUCGCUUUGAUAAUGGAAACCCUGGCGAUUUGGGAACAGUUCUCGAAAUAUUACAAAACAGGAAUGCUAGAUUCCUCUUUUGAGCCUAAAACACUUCAGGAUUAUAAGCAGAUCUCUCCAUCUGGAGAUGACUUGCUAAGAAUAGUUAAGUACGAUAGGAACAUAAUCAAGCAAACUAAGAAGAUUUUCUGGAAAUCGCUAACGCCUGAAGACCUAGCUGGUCUUAAAAUUGACCAGAAUAUAGUUUCUGUGACCAUUCAAAGCCACAGCCAAGUAGAGACUAAGUUCAAGAAGUACUUCACUAGUUAUAUUACUGAUUACUGCACUCUCCUCUCUCAGAGCCCUGGAGUUAACCCGGUUGUACUUGAAAUUUUAGAGGUUCUUUCAGAAAGUCUUUAAUACCAAAGAAGAUGUAAAUAUUACUUUCAA